AUGCCUGACCAUAAACCCCCCACAAAAAGGCAGAGGAAGCGGAUAUUCAAGAAUAUUACGUAUGCUUCUUUGAUAAUCAAAGCAAUCCAGGAUUCUCCGUACGGAAGAUGCACCAUAGACGAAGUGUGUGCGUACAUUGCAGAAGAGUAUCCGAACGAUCUUCCUCCCGAGCUAGUGAAAAUAUGGCAGGGGUGCGUAAGGCAGGUGCUCAGCAGGGAUGCGCGGUUUAUCAAGCUGGCCAGGCGCACAGGGUGCCGGGUGUCUGAGUGGAUUUACUUUCCUCCCUCUUAUCAGCCCAGCGUGCCACCAACCAAGCCGCUCAGCCUAAUGAAGCACAUACGGACAGUCUUGCGAAAGAAGGGAGAGUACAAAGAAUUCUACAUUAAAAAACCUCCACAAAAUGGAAAAUAG